AGCAGCUUCAUUUCAGUACCUUCGUUCCUUUACAUUCGUUUUUAUAUCUUCGCUUCUGUUGUUUUCCAUCAUGAAAGGCUUCACUCAGUUCACGCUUGCGGCUCUGGUAGCCUCUGUCACCGCUGUCUCUGUUAAUCUCAACAAGCGCGAGUCGCCUUUGAGCAUUGUUCUGUCCAAGUCAGGUAACACUGAGGUCAAGGUGGCCGUCACGAAUAAUGGAAACAAGACGCUCAACUUGCUGAGCAAGGGUACUUUCUUGGAUGAGGUCAACCCGGUCGAGAAAGUGAGCGUCUACUCAAACAGUGGUAGCACCAAAGUUCCUUUCGAGGGUAUCAAGAUCCGUCUUCUCACCAGCGGUCUCAGCUCCGAUGACUUCCUCACCCUCGGGGCCGGCGAGACGAAAGAAGUCACCGUCGAGACCGCCGCCCUCCACACCCUGAACGAUGGCGGCGACUUCGACGUCUUCGCCAAGGGUCUCCUCCCCUAUGCCGAAGCCAACUCCACCGAGCUCGCCGGGAAUCUCGGCUACUCGUCCAACAAGCUCACCAUGAGCGUUGACGGCGCCGUCGCCGCCACUGUCGCCAAAGCGAUCACCAAGCGCACCACCGUCGGGUCCAGCUGCACCGGCACCAAGCUCAGCGCCGUCCAGACCGCCCUGUCAAACUGCCAAAAGCAAGCCUCCGCGGCCGCGUCCGCCGCGAACGCGGGCACCAAGCUCGACACUUACUUCAAGUCAGCCUCGACCAGCACUAAGAGCGAAGUCUCUGGGCGCUUGACGGCUGUCGCGAACGACUGCGGCAGCACAAGCAGCACUACUUCUACUAACUGCAACGACCCGUACAACGGCUGUGCGUCGAAUGUCCUCGCGUACACUGUGCCUACCCAGAACUUCAUCACGUACUGCGACAUCUUCUUCAGUGCGCUUCCGGCUGUUGCUACCACGUGCCACGGACAGGACCAGGCUACUACUGUGCUGCACGAGGAAACGCAUGCUGAUAGCGUGUAUAGCCCUGGAACGGAUGAUCUGGGAUAUGGAUUCGCGGCUGCUUCGGCGCUGUCGAAUGCGGAUGCGUUGAACAACGCGGAUACGUACGCGCUGUAUGCUAAUGCUAUCAAUCUCAACUGCUAGAUGGCUUAAUUUCAGCAAGCUCAGGAAGG